AUGGUGCUGAAAUCGCGCUGGUCAUUCGACAUCCCGCAAGUCUCGCUGCCCACAUACCUCUUCGAUUCACCCACAGCAGACCUCCCAAAGACCCCAGCUCUCAUCUCCGCAAAAGACCCAGAGAAAUACUACCUCUCCAUCCACACCUACCGUCUCUAUGGACAGCGACUCGCGGCCGGCUUGCUCCGCGCGGGACUCAAGCCUGGCGAGCGUGUGCUGCUCUUCUCUGGGAACACGCUGUUCUUCCCCACAGUGAUGAUCGGCAUCAUCAUGGCCGGCGGCAUCUACACGGGUGCAAACCCGACUUAUGUCGCACGAGAGCUGGCGUACCAGCUCAAGGAUUCGGGCGCGAAGUACCUCCUCUGCGCGGAGGGCAGUAUCGACACAGGCAUCGCCGCUGCGCAAGAGGCAGGCCUCCCCGCCUCCAGCGUCUUCGUCUUUGACGACGGCGUCGCGACCUUCGAGGGCCGCACAGUCGAGAAACACGCGCCUGCCCUGGGCGGAACCAUCCGCCACUGGACCACCCUCCUCGCGUCCGAAGCCGAAGGCCGCGCCUAUGCGUGGCCCGACCUGCGCACGCCCGCCGAGCUCGAUACUGUCAUCGCGCUGAACUACAGCUCCGGGACCACAGGACUCGCCAAGGGCGUCAUGAUCACGCACAAAAACUACGUCUCCAAUUCCGCGCAGCAAAUGUGGAUGUCGAUGAUCUCGGCCGACUAUGAAGAGCGCCGCGCCCGCGUACGGCACCUUUGCUUCCUGCCCAUGUACCACGCGUUGUCGCAGUCCGUGUUCUGCGUCAACGCGCCCAAGAUGCGGCUCCCAGUGUACGUGAUGCCCAAGUUCGACUUCGUCGAGAUGCUGCAGUACAUCCAGGCGUACCGGAUCACGGACCUCGUCCUGGUGCCGCCCGUCAUCGUCGCCAUGGCGAAGCACCCCGCGGUCAAGAAGUUCGAUCUUUCCUCCGUCGAGAAAGUCGGGAGCGGCGCCGCACCCCUGGGCCGCGAGAUUGCCGAAGAGUUCGAGAAGCUGUGGGCGGAUCGCAGCGUAAAUGUCAAGCAGGGCUGGGGCAUGACGGAGCUGACGUGCGCGGCGACGACGUCGGAUCCGAACAAGAUUUCGCGAGAUGGGGCGGUCGGCGAGCUGCUGCCGAACUGCGAGGCCAAAAUUGUGCUGGACGACGAGGGCAAGGUAGAGGCGCCGCAGGGAGAGCGCGGGGAGGUCUGGGUGCGCGCGCCGAACGUGAUGAAGGGAUACUGGCGGAAGCCGGAGGCGACCGCGGAGACGAUCACGGCAGAUGGGUGGCUGAAGACGGGCGAUAUCGCGUAUGUCGACGAGGAGAACGAGUUCCAUGUCGUGGACCGGAAGAAGGUGCGUAGUCUUGCCGCCCCAUUGGUUUUCCCACCAAAUACAACGGUAGGGAGAGGAACAGCUGACAAGAACCAGGAACUCAUCAAAGUAAAAGGCCUCCAAGUCGCCCCCGCAGAGCUUGAAGCCCUCCUCCUCGACCACCCCGCCGUCCAGGACGUCGCCGUCAUCGGCGUCAUGCUCUCCGGAGAAGAGCUCCCCCGCGCCUACAUCGUCCCACAAACACCAACCCAGGCAACGCCCCAGGUCGCCGAGACCAUCAAGGCGUGGCUGGCAGAGCGCGUCUCCCGCGCCAAGCGGCUGGACGGGGGCGUUGUCUUCGUGGAGGCGAUUCCAAAGAACCCCUCCGGCAAGAUACUGCGGAGGGAGCUGCGGGAGAAGGCCCAGGCGGAGGCGGCGGGGGCGAAGGCGAAGCUGUAAAUGCGUACUGUUCCCCUUUGCGUUUGCAUUGGGGAUAAGGUGGUUUCAAGCCAAAGCAAUGUAUUCUGAUCUUGCGCAUAUACCUCU